GAGGCGGGGGGCAGCAGCAGCAGCAGCGUGAGGAGCGGAUCGAGCUGAGCGGUAGCUCCGUGAGACGCGGCGCGGGUGACGAGGACGACGACGAGGACGACAACGAGGAGAGAGAGAGACGAGGUGGAGUGACUGAGAGGAGACUCCGCCGCCGACGACGAGGAGGGAGGCGGCGGCGGGAUGUACCGCGCGCUGUACGACUUUCGCUCGGCCGAGGCGAACUCGCUCGCGUUCGCGGCGGGCGAGGCGUUCGUGAUCCUGGAGCGCAGCAAUCAGUACUGGUGGCUGGCGAGCAAGAGCAGCGGCGACGUGGGAUACGUGCCUGUCACCUACAUCCGCAGGGACGAGACCGAGAACAAGGAUGCGGUCAUCCUGUCCAUUGACCGCGCCAUCGAGGCGAUCCACAACAUUGCCAUGGAGCACAGCGGGAAGUACACGCUCGAGCAGAGGGAGGUGCUGCAGAAGCUGAUCCACCACCGCAAGGAGACGCUGGCCAAGCAGGGCCAGGCCCGCGCGUCCCAGCGGCCGACCAUCCUGACCCCGGCGUCGAGCGAGCACAAGCUGGCCGAGCGAGGGAGCGCACGGGGCUCCGACAGUGGGGGCGGCGGGGCAGGCACAGGCACCCCCUCCGCCGCCGGGUCCCUGGAGGACGACGAACUCAGCCCCUACCAGGUGCCACCCCAGCCACGCCGCGCGGCCCCGGUCGUCCCGGCCCAGCCCGAGAAGACGCGCAGCUACCCGCUCGAUAAGCUCACGGACACCAAUCAGAACGGUGGAGUGGCACUAAAAUCCCAGAAAUCGCAUCCCGCGCCCGCCCCUCCCCCCAGCCCCUCCCGCUCAUCCGCGACCUCAUCCGCAUCGCCCGCCCCAUCUCCCUGUGCCACCGCAUCCAUUUGCUCGAGCAGUGACGUCAUCUCGAGGGACGCUGCGGACGAGGUGGCUAGGGGCAGAGGAGAACGGGUGGCGCCCGCGUUUAGCGACGGUUCUCGGUGGACCGCGGGGGGGAGCAGCGGUGGCGGCACCGGGCCCGAGCGGCCGUCGGCAGGCGUGAGCGCCGUGGCCUCGGUCUCAUUCUCGGUGGGCGGCGAGGCCGUAGAGCGGCGCCUUCCGUCGCCACCGCUCAGAAACUCCGAGUCGCUCCAGGGCGGCCCGGCGAUCCCGGAAGCGCCGACGGAACCGCGCCCGGUCCCGGCGCGGAACGCGGCGGCCUCGCCACCGGCGGGGGACGUUUGGCCCACGCUCUCGGCCUUCGGCGAUUCCUCCUCCUCCCCCCCCUCAUCCUCCUCCUCCGCCCGUUCGGCACCUCCUUCCGGACUGCCUCCCUCGCUGGCGUCGCAGCGGGACUCGCCCAGACCGCCGCCGGCACCUUCGGAGGCGCGGCGUGACAACUCGCGGCUCUUCCCGGGCGUGGCGAGCGCAGGAAACGGCGCCCGCCGCGGGCCGCCGGGUUUGCUGGCGGGGCUGGAGAUGCGCGAGGCCCCGCCGCCUCCGCUGCCGGCACGGGUGACCGCCGCCGCCGGCGCGGGAGUCUCGGGCUCCACCGGGAGGCGGCCGCAUUGGAACCCACCAAACUUCACGCAGUUAGUUCAGAAGCUGCUGUCGCCCGAGCGCCGGAAAAGGGCAGCCUGCGACGACACACAGGGCAACUCCCUCGCGGGUUCGUCCAUCGCCCCCCCUUCCACACGCAAUGCCUCCGGCUUCUUCCCCUCGAUCUUCGCCGCCUCCACGGCCGGUGCCCCCGCCUCUCGCGCUCGCUCUCGUGACCGCUCCUUCUCUCUCCCCUCCGACGAUGACGACGGCGCCGCCGCCGCUGCCACCGUCGCCGCCUCCCCGCGGCGGGAGCAGGAGCGGGCGUCGCAGCGCCACAACGGCACGCUGUUCAGCGAAAUAGCCGGCAGGGACUUCCCGCGCGUGCACGCCAAGGACGUGCAGAGCUACAAGGCGGCCGAGAGCGACAGCUCCGACGCGUCCGGCCACUCUACCGGGUCGAACUCGUCUCGCGAUGGCAACGAGAAGGUGCCGGCCGACAGCCGGUCGGACGAGAACUCGUGCGGCGACGACGACGACGACGAUGAUGGUGGUGGCGCCGCCGGUGCCGCCGCUCCCGAGCCCACGCCGGAAAACAUGGAUGCGGCCGUGGGCCCUGCGGGCGGUGGCAGAGGUGGCGACGCCACGGAGGAGCGGCUGGGCCCCGGUUCGCCGCUCGCUCGGCACGCGACGCCGGAGGUGGCGGCGGCGAACGGCGCCGAGUCCCCUUUGAGACGGAGAGACGCGCUGCUCCGGCGCCUCGACUCGCCGCUCAAGCGUUCAGAGUCGCUGUUUGACCGCUUGGAUUCGCCGGUCCGGUCGUGCGGUUCCCCCGUGCGCUGCGCCGACUCCCCCGUGCGCUUCACCGACUCCCCCGCACGCUGCCACGGUUCCCCCGCUCACCGCCCCGGAGGCUCUCAGGCCCAGCGCCCCGCCUUCCCGGCACAGGCCACCAGCGGCGCCGGAUCCCCGCUGCGCCGCAGCGUAGAGUCCCCCGGUCAGACGACGCCCGCGGCCUCCCCGCCCGUACGCGGUGACGCGUCGGUCAACGGCGCGAGCGAGCCGCCGUUGGGAUCCCCCCCCCCGUCCUCCCCGCCAUCGCACGAGGUAGCACGAGCGCAGGUAGGGCGGCGGUCGCCGGAGCGGGCGGAGCCCUCCGUGGCGCCGUCGGAUAACGGUCGGGCACGGCUGAGCUCCGUGUCGCCCCCCUCGCCGGCAGCGGAGGACGGCGGCGGAGGAGGAGGCGGCACCGGCGCGGUUCCCCGCACCAUGGGCGUGGAGCUGACGGAGCUGGUGCGGCGCAACACGGGGCUGAGCUACGAGCUGUCGCGCGUCGCCAUCGGCACCGUGGUCGGGCACAUCCGCGACACACUGCCCGACACCGCCGACAUCAUGGAGGACAUCCUCCUGUCGCUGCUCACACAGCAGGCGGAGGAGGAAGAGGAGGAGAAGGCGCCCAGCGAGGCGGACCUGCAGGAGCUGCCGGAGGGGCUGGAGUGCCAGGACGUGACUCGGCUCAACGUGAUCUUCACGGACCUCGCGCGGCACAAGGACGACGCCCAGCAGCGCAGCUGGGCUCUCCACGAGGACGAGGCCGUGAUCUCGAGCUACCUGCAGGAGCUGCUCUCCAUCCUGACGGACGCCAACCCGGACGUGAGCCGCCGCAUGUGCAAGAGGGAUGACUGCGAGCCGGUGCUGUCGCUCGUCAGCUACUACCAGAUGGAACACCGCGUGUCGCUGCGGCUGCUGCUGCUCAAGGUGUUUGGCGCCAUGUGCAGCCUUGACGCCAACAUCAUCUCGGCGCUGCUCAACUCCGUGCUGCCCAUGGAGCUGGCGCGCGACAUGCAGACCGACACCAAAGAGCACCAGAAGCUGUGCUACUCCACGCUGCUGCUCACCAUGGUGUUCAGCAUGGGGGAGCCGCUGCCGUACCAUCACUACGAUCACCUGAACGAGAGCUUCAUGGGCUUCGUGCUGGACGUGACGGAGAACGGGCUGCCGUCCGACACGAGCGACCAGCUCCCCGACCUCAUGGUCAACCUGCUGCUGGCGUUCAACCUGCACUUCCAGGUUCCGUCCAGCAACGUCAUCAUGGAGACCCUGGCGCGACGGCUGAACAUCAAGACCUUCAGCGAGAAGCUGCUUCUGCUGCUCAACAGAGGAGAGGACCCGGUGGACAUGUUUGAGCACGCGCCGCGGCCGCCGCACUCGGUGCUCAAGUUCCUGCAGGACAUGUUCUGCGAGCGCGAGACGGCCGCCAUUUUCUACCACACGGACAUGCUCGUCAUGAUCGACAUCAUCGUGCGCCAGCUCUCCGACCUCUCCGCUGGCGACAAGAUGCGCAUGGAGUACCUGUCGCUGAUGCUGGCCAUCAUGCGCAGCACCGACUACGUGCAGCACUCGCACCGCGGCGGAGACCUGCGCGCCUGCUUCCGCCGCAUCGCCGCCGAGGAGGGCGGGGAGGGCGACCAGCACUGCUGCAUGGACCGCGACAUCGUGUGCCAGAUCUGCACCGAGUUCCCCGCCUUCGGCGAGAGCGCCUGACGCGCGCCGGAGCGGUGACGCACGCGGCCCCGCGCGUGGCAGCCGGAGGGCAGAGGAAGCGGUUGGGUUUGGUGUGCGGUGAGGCGCGUCGUCACGAGCCCAACGAGCAUUGCUGCCAGAUUGCGCUCGUGCAAGGUCAACCGGGUCUGGCACACCUCCCCCUCCGCUCCAAUCCACACUAAUCGCAGCUUCUUCACAUCGCAAGGCAGUGCCAUCGCUCCUCAUCGAGGAACCUCCCUUUGAAAUAACCAAACCCUUCCUAGCAGCGUUUGUGUAGUCACCCCACUGCAUUCCCACUCAGCAGAAGCCUCCACCGCAGAAAAACUAAUUAAAACAUAUCCUGGGAUUCUAACGGCUGUAGGGACCGCCCACACCCCCCCCCCCCAACCUCCCACCGUGCAUUCCUAGCAGUCGUCUCGGGGGCACUGGGCCAGGUCUCCCCUCUGGCUGUGGGACAGUGUAAAGUUCGCUGUAGGCCAUGGGCCACAGCAGAAACUGGUACCGGCCAAGGUAGCAGAACCCUUAAGUCGGACGGCUUUAUUCACGUGGGCCAGAUAGCGUGAUUAACUUGAUAACCCCCACUCUUUUCAAACGGCUAGCGCAUUAUUCACCAGUAUUGGCUGCAUGGAGAAGCGCUAAAGCUGUGGUACCGACGAGUGACGUAUCUACUCCAGGCUCGUGGGGGCGGUGCAGCGGUGCGAGCGCCGCGGCUCCUCGUGCUGCUUGGUGAGUGAGCGGCAGCAUCGAGCCAGACGGACGGUGCCAACAACCCCCUGCGCUCGGUACCGUUAGGGUACGUUCGCCUAAAAGUAUUUUGAGCUGUGUGCACUUUUGUUUCGUACUGGGCCGGUCAGUGUUCAGACUUACGGAUCUUGGCCGGUAACAAAACCCUCUGUAAAAAAUAUAUCCUUACGCCCUCCGCCCCCCUAGUGCUGCGUCAUGUUCCCGCACGUGCGUGUAACGCGCCGCACGGCACGCCGCCAGGCCGACGCACCACCCUUUGAGCUGCAGCUGUGUCGACGGCGGCCGCCGUUUGUUGUUACCCCCCCCCCCCUAGCACGGAGACCCCCUGGCGCCCAGCCGCGUCCCCUGUGCAGAUGUCGUCUGGGCCGCCCCGCGCUAAGUGAUUUUUAUUUGGGAACAUUUGAUUGGUGGAGGCGGUGUCGCCCAGUCCUCGGUCGUGGCGUGGCACCAACGAUCGCAGCGGAGGGCGCCGUCGACCCCGCGCGGGGGCGGCAUCGCCGUGCGGCUAGCGGUGCUGAAGGAUUGGCACCUGCACGCGAAGGGAGCUGCUCGCCCACCGUGCGGAGUGCGUUGGCCGUGCCAAAACGGUCUUGAAAAACACUGCCGCAGGCCAAAUGUGUUUGGGGUUUACGGGACGGUGUAUUCGGGCCGACUGGGUGGGACGGUAGCCAUGCAUGGGGGAAUAAAGGCUGCCGAGGGUUAGGGUUCCCGUUUGGCUGCGGCACUGUGCUUCAGAGCGGCGGUGACGAGCGCCACAACUCCAGCUGGGCCUCGUGGGGAAUGGGAUUCCCCUGAGGAUGCGGUAUUUUCACUUCCUGUUUAUGUACAUAGUCCCAGCGCUGCACGACUCGGUGCCAAACAGAGCGCGUUGCAUGCUGCAUGCAGUGUCCGUUGCUCCUCCCCCCUCGUGGCGUGAUAGACAUUGAGGCCAAAUGCAUCCCUCGACUUCACAGCAACGCUUGCUUGGCACAGCGGUUUUGCGCAAAAAACUGAGCGAUAACAUUUAAAACCGUACCACUACACACGAGCACCGUUGUGCCAAAUGUUCUCGGGAUGCUUUGUUGAAAAAUACAAAGACGAUCGCAAGAGUGUAUAUGUUCUGUAAUGAAAAUAAACAGUUGGCUUUAAAGGAA